UUCGCGUUUCCGGCAGCUCGACUUGUCGGACUCUAUCGACGGCUAUGGGAGUCGUGCGUGUCCAAGCACAUCGAUGGCCAUAAGCUAGAGCAGAGCAAUCGGAUCUUGAAGGAGGCUGGUACGCACCUGAGACAAAAGAGGGACGGUCUUCAGCUUCGCCAUGACAAGCAGCUAUCCCGGCUGCACUUUUUUGAACAGGCAUUGGAAUUAUCCCGGGAACAACUGAUCAGCCUACUCGACGACUGGAACCACCCUUUCAGGCCCAAUCUGACAGGGCUGCCGGCCGUAGCAAGAGAAUGGUGA